UUCCGAACGUCCUAGCAACAACUUCAUUCAUGUUGAGAGUGCGGCAAAUUUAACGCGGACAAGAUGAAGUAUUUUACUCCAUAUCACAGUAAUUUUAUCAGCGCUAACCAAAACAACAUUAACUACAUUAGAUAUUUGAAGCGUGUAUGGAAUGCUGACGUAUUUUAUGGCACAUAUAUCAAUGGAAGAUACGUUCCAGUAUCCAAAGCAAACCACAAGCCAAGCCUGCUCACACAGAACGUGGGCCUUCAAGAUGUCUUCAACAAUGGCAAAGGGAAAAGAGACAACAUCAGCAUGCAGCCAAAGGUCUCUCUCCGAGAUCUCGUCAAAAAUAUUCCAGUAACUGGUUUCCUUCGAAACACUGAAACACAGGCCACAGUUGGUACAAAAGAUAUUGCUACUCAAAUCUCAGUACCAGGUGUGCUCCACAAGAAACAUGAAACAACAAGCACUGAAACACAGGUCAAAGUUAGAACCCAAGAAAUUGCCACUCAAGUAAGUUGUCAUAAUAAACAAAUAUUUGAAUACAUAAGUGUAAUAAUACAUAAAUGUAUAUGUUUAUAUUAAUACUGGUUAACUCUCCCAACUUUUCAGAUGUCGGUUCCAGGAGUCAUCCACAAAAAAGCUGCUGCAGUAA